AUGGUUUCAUAUCUUGCAAUAAGACUGUUUCUCCUCGUUGUUCUGGUCCCCAGUACGUGGCUCCAGUUUGUUUCUCUAACAGAUCAGGUGGAAGUGGAAUGUCUAGGUAGCCUUGCAAAACUCAAGUUGAAUCCGAGUUAUUUCCAGAACAAGUAUGUCGGUUUUGCUGCCCUGGAUCGGUUUGGCAGAGCUUGGUCGAUUGAUGAGGUCCAGGCUAUGAAAUGUGGCUAUACCAUUUUCCAGGACGCUUGGGGGAACAUUGAGUUCCGGGCCUCCCUGAUUGGCUGCUACACUCAGAUAGUGGAUGAUCAGCAGUUCACACUAACCAUACAAAUCCAGGCAGCAACAAACCCAGAGAUGCACACUGCAACUUUGCUUAAUGUCCCUGUGAGUUGCUCGUAUGGCCCAUGGCAGCCCAGGGAAAUCGUCUGUGAGACAAACUACAUGGAGGUCUCAGUGAGAAGAAAUGUUCCCUCAAUCUCAGAUGGUUUUCUUCAAGAUCAGCCUGAAGACUGGGCAUCUGCUUUCUCAGAGGUCAAAACUGGAACUCCUUCCAUUUGGCAAAUAGUCUUUCACAUGGGCUCUGAGAAGAGCUCAAUGAUGGUUGAAGAAGCUCAAGCUGCCGGUUAUGGGAUUAAAAUGACAGAGACCAGGAUCGUGUUGAGAGCGCCCUACAAUGCAUCUCAAGCUCAGAAAGUGGAAAUCAGUGGAAUCCCUUUUUCUUCUGUGAGAUCCAGUACCUACUACAAGGAGCGUUUCCUGCUCUUCAUGGUCGACGCUGCCAUGGCCUGCCCUAUAGAUGGUAUAACCUACACCGAAGAAACAAUCACUUGGACUAUCCCAAAGCACGUUUCUCUUCUAAUUGGAACUGCUACAAUAAAAGAAUUGCACGUAGAGAUGGGUGUCGACUUAUACAAACUGUCAACCCAGGAUAUAAAAAGCCGAGGUUAUAUGCUGGCCAGUAACAAGGAUGCCAUUAUAGUAAAGAUACCCAUUGGUGCACUGGGUGGUAACUACAAGAGUCACGUGGUUGAUAGAAAAUUGAUGAUCACCUACAAAAUCAACAUCUUUGUGGAACAUUUGUGGGAAGAUGACAAAAGAGGUAUUACGAAGCAUCUUAUACUGAAGAAGAUCAGCACACCUUUGCAGCUUGCACCCAUCAGGAUUACAGACUAUACAAAGAUAAAUCUCAAGCUCUUCAAUGCAACGGUUGGCUCCUUCUUGCCAGAUGUAGACCUGGUUGGUGUGACAGUGGGUCAUUCGGGGCCCUUGCCAUUGCCUGAGGCUGAGAAAUGGGGCUGUAAGAUCAUUGAAAUCAAACACCCCAAUGGCAGCAAAGAUUACCUUGUGCAGAUCUCAUUUGAUAGUCCUGGAGUUGAAAAGGAGUAUGUGCCAGAACACUUUCGAAAUUAUACUACCAAUCCUGUACUGCAGUUCACUGUGAUUCCUCAGGCAGAAGUCUUUGAAGUCCCAGUCCCUCUUUCUGCCUUGGUGAGGGAUGCAGUGCUGCCCCAUGCAGAAGGAUUCUGUGAUAACGAAGCCCUCUAUUUAGUGGUGAAACGUGGCAACGUGGACCAGAAUUGGUUGCCCUUUGUAGGAAACACACCCCUAACUCAAGAGACUGCACAGACCCUUCAAUAUGGAUUGCAGGUCAAUCAAACUCAUCUGGUCCUGAGAGUGCCAAAGCUCGCCACUCACGUGUUCCUUGAGGAAAUAAACUCCUUUGGGAUUGUGUUCACCUUCCAGUUGCAAUUUAAGGACCAUCUCAGUCAAAUAGAAAUGAUUGAAUUUACCAUUUCCUGCAGCUUCUCUCCGAAAGAUCUAAUUGACUGCCAGCCUAACGGCACAAUUGCAGUCUCUGCUCGGACGUUGGUUGGCAUGCCAGACUUGGACCUCUCCAACUUAGUGCUGAGAGACAAACGGUGUAAACCAGCUUCUGUGACAAAGGCAGGAGCAGACUUCCUCUUCAGUGUAAACUCUUGUGGCACAACUCGCAAGUUUGAAAAGACCAUCAUGACUUACGAAAAUGAGGUCCUGUAUUUCCUCCCAGGCCAAGCAACACCUGUUUACCAGUUGAAAUGUGCUUGCCAGUACUUCAUUGGAAAUACGCUGCUGUUCCAGUAUAGCCCUGCACGAGCACCAUCGCCAACGAUACUGCCUGGGACUGGGCAACUGGAACUUGCCCUUAAACUGGCCAGAGACCAGUCCUACAAAGAUUUCUAUCAACGCACCGAGUAUCCAGUAAGCCGUUACCUGCGAGAGCCUCUCUACUUUCAGGUAGAACUUCUUCACAGCCAAGAUCCACAACUGGAGUUGUUUCUGGAGAACUGCUGGGCUACUGCAAAAUCUGACAGGAACAGUUUUCCACAGUGGCACAUAGUGGUUGACAGUUGUGAGAAUACAGCAGAUUCACAUCAGACCAUAUUCCAUGAUGUCCCCAACAAUUCUGUCCCAUUCCCUACACACCUGAAGAGGUUUGAAGUAAAAAUGUUUACGUUUGUGGUGAAUAGUCAAGCUGUUAAAGGACAGAUCUACAUCCACUGUAGCGCAGUAAUCUGUGAUUCCACCCAGCCAUCUUCUGAUGCCCUUUGCAUCAGGCACUGUAUUCCCAGAAAGCAAAGAGCAGGCCGGAGCAUUGAUUCCUCGAAUGAUAUCCAGGGAUACGUUUCAUCUGGAGCAAUUGUGAUAGGAAGGAGGAAUGAUUCCUAAACAUCUUAUAAAAAGACUGGAAUAGUGGCAAGAUGUAAUUUUUGAAGUAUUUAUUUCUAGGAGUUGCAGCUGUGUAUUAUGUAAUAAAAAGCCUACAAUAGGUAUAUUUGGGUA